UGAUACUGUAGAAGAGAAACAAUGCUGUUGCUUGUCCUAGUGAUCUUUGGGUGUUUAACCACUCAAGGAAACUUUGAGGUCAUGAAGCGUGGAGAAUUUACAUGCAGAGAAUUUUUCCACAAACAAACAGAACCUAAGGGCCUUGUUCCUGAUAAAGCUGCUCGGAUUUGCCAGACCUACAAAAACAAAGUUCAUUUUGCCACAAUGUAUGACAGGGAAAACCGUAUCCCAAUCUAUUCUGCCUACAAAUAUGAGAGUGGCGGCCCCCGUCCAUACGGCACAUGGUACCUUGAACCUCAGCUUGCAGACCAAACGAAAGACAAAAAUAUGAUGGAAGAGACAAAAGAACUUACUGAAAAACUAAAGGAAAGUCAGGCAGUAUCAGAAGAUUAUAAAAGUAUUUAUUUCUAUGAUCGAGGUCACCUAAGUCCAAGUGUGCAUCAUAAAGAUGAAGACAGUAAGGAAGCAACUUUCACCUUGACUAAUGUUGUACCUCAAUUUGCUGCACUAAACAAUGGAAAAUGGGGUAUUUAUGAAAGUGAAAAAAUGAAAACAUUUGUAAAUGAAAACAAAUGCGCCAAAACAUAUGUCAUCGUUGGAGUUACUCGAGGAGACAAGAUCAAGAAUCGAAUUAAUAAGCCAAGCCACCUGUGGACUGUUGCCUGCUGUGUGGAUCAGAAUGAGCGUCCCAUGAAGUUCUUUGGCUACAUUGCUGAAAAUGACAAAAAUGAAGUAGAGUCUAUUAGUCUUGAGGAUCUACAGAAGAAACUCAAAGAAGCUUUUAAUGAAGACGUGCAUCUGUUUGCUGACAAAUGUGGUGCCACAUUUAAAUGAGAAAUCUCACACAAUGAUGAUUUUAUCUGAGCCUUCUUCUUCUUCCCUUUCCAUUUUGCUAAAUGCU